AUAUAGCUCAUGUGAUGAGCUAUAAGCUAUUGUGCUCCAAACUCAUGUGAACUUCAUUUGACAUUUUCUUAACAAAAUUAUAUACAUGUACCAAUGUACCAUCUACAAAUCUUUUACUCCAUAAAUUGAAAAAUAAAAUCCUAAAAUAAAUUGGAAAGAGAGUAAAAUGACCUGAAAGAGUUGAAACUUGAAACUAUACAAUAUAAGUGCAUGAACUAUUAAAAAUCUCAUAUAGUUAACCAACGAUGUAAAAUGCGACAAUCCUCUUCAUUCUCUCUCCACCGUAUCGCCACCGCCAUCGUCAACACUCCACUCACCUCCACCGCCUCCGCCGCCGCCGCCAUGUCCGCCGCCAUCCGACCUCCGUUUAGAGGAGGCCGAAGUCAAGGACAAGGUCGUGGUCGAGAUCGUGGUCGCCGGUACUUUUCCGACCACCCGACCGCCGUCUCCGGCGACGCUAAUGUUCAAUCUGUUCGUGACUCGAACUCGUCUUUUCAGCGAAGUGCUGAUUUUCGCCCAAUUAAUAGCUUCAAUCACAAUUACAAUCGCAAUAAUUAUAAUAAUUGUUAUUAUGAUUAUAAUUCUUCGUCGAAUAAUCGUGGUGGUGGUGGUAACUAUAGAGGUAGAACGCCGUCGUUUAAUCGGCCGCAUAAUCAGCAAUCGGGAGCUAGGGUUCAGCGGCCGAAGCCGGAUGAUCAUCGGGUUUGGGAGCUGGCAAAGGUUCCUCCCCCUCCUAAUUCUGAACGGUUUGUUGUUCUCUCGUAUAAUAUACUUGCUGAUUACCUUGCUAAUAGCCAUCGAAAGCUGUACUUUCACAUCCGACGCUAUUUUAUGAAUUGGGAGUGGCGGAAGGGCAAGAUACUUUUUGAGCUUCAGUUGUGGUCACCUGACAUUAUGUGCUUUCAGGAAGUUGACAAAUUUCAUGACUUGGAGGAGGACUUGGGGCGUCAUGGGUACAGCGGAAUUUGGAAGAUGCGAACUGGUGAUCCAAUUGAUGGGUGUGCUAUUUUUUGGCGAACAACAAGGUUCAGGUUGAUGUAUAAAGAGUGCAUUGAGUAUAAUAAACAUGGAAUGCGGGAUAAUGUUGCUCAAAUUUGUGUUCUAGAGUCAUUAAGUCCAAAUCAGAAUGGAACUCAGAUGGCAUCAUCAACAAGCUCAGAAUCCCCUAAUAGAGUCGUCAUUUGUAACAUUCACGUGCUUUACAAUCCAAGAAGAGGAGAAAUCAAGCUUGGACAGGUGAGGAUACUUAUUGAAAGGGCUCAAGCGGUAUCGAAGACGUGGGAUGAUGCUCCUGUGGUCUUAUGUGGUGAUUUCAAUUGCACUCCAAUGAGUCCCUUGUACAACUUCAUAUCUCAGCAGAAGCUAGAUAUAUCAGAAGUGGACAGAGACAAGGUUUCAGGACAAGCCUCUGCUGUAAUUAGUCCCCCUCCCAGACAAUAUGGUUCUUAUCCUAGGGAACAGCCGGCUGGUAAUGUCGCUAGUCCAGCAACUGUUGAGAACAAGAGUAUUGACGGAAAACAGAGUAAUUCCCUUGAAAAUAAGAACGGAUUUGAAAGCUUAUCUAACAAACUUCAAACACCUGCUAGCCUGCAGCAACCUCCUCCUGCUGAUUCUUUGCAAAAUGUACCCGCAAACUCAUUUGAUAAAAACACUGAUAUAAGCUCAGAUGAAAAUGCUGAUCAGUUACUCAAUGAGACUCUUAAAGGUCCUGAUUCUACUUCAGUGCUUUCAACUGAAAAUGUUGUUUUCUCUGGUUUGCCACUGAAUGAGCAGGAAAUUAAAGAAGUUCCAAUUUCUGAAGACUUUAGCUUAAUGGGCAAUACUGAUAGAUUUUCCUCUGUUGCUGGUAAUUCUGACAAGAAUGUUGUGGAAAAAGAGACUAGAAACAACUAUAGCUCAAACGUUUCUCAAUCAGAUGAACCUUCAGCUUCAAACCUUGAUAUAACUGAAAAGGUUAAUGAGCUAUCACUUGAUGAGAUUAGUGAAAUUUCUGAGGGUGAAGAUUUACAUAAAGAUCUUGAGGAAUCUUUGUCUGAUUUUAGCAACGGUGGUGAUGGGGAACAAUCAAGUGUUGGUGAUUUGGCCCCUGAGGUUGAAACAGUUGAUAUGAAUAUACCAUAUUAUGAUCCAUCUCUGUGGACCACAAUGGAAAUAGCUACUGCUACUGGGGAUGCCAACAGCCGUAUUCUUGAGCACCCUUUAAAGCUCAGGAGCGUGUACACAGAAGUGGUGGAUUCUUCUGGGACAAGAGACUCUAAUGGGGAGCCACUGGUAACUAGUUAUAACACUUGUUUUCUGGGAACUGUUGAUUACAUAUGGCGAUCUGAAGGUCUUUACACCGCUAAAGCUCUUGCUCCAAUUCGAAAAGAUGUAAUGCAACGUAGUGGGGGAUUCCCAACAAAGAAAUGGGGAAGUGAUCAUAUUGCUUUGGUUUCGGAGUUGGCAUUCGCUGAAAAACAAAAUGGAUGAAAAUGUUGAGCUUCAGCAGCUGACAUCUUGGUACUUCCAUUUAAUUGUUCCCUGUUGUGACUUGUGAGUAUAGUCCUCGUACAUGUUUCCCGUUUGUGGUGAUUGAGAUAAGAGGGCACCGCAGGAACACAUAAGGAAAGCUGAUCUUUUCAAAUUGUUAGAAAAUACAGAAUUAAAUUUUUCUACGACAUGAUGCAUAAUAACUUGUGUACAUUUGUUUUUAUUUUUUGCUACUUUUGAAAUCUCUUCCCCUCCCUUUUUUGUGGAGGCGAUGAGAUUAUAUUGCCUGUAAUUGUUUACUGCCAAUUAUAAGAUAUAAAAGCUCUUCUUCAACUGUGUCCAUGU